AUGUCAAACUAUGAGGAUUAUUUACGACAACUGUAUUACACCCCUGGUAAUCAAGGGGCAUUCUCGGGUCCUGAAAAAUUAUAUCAAGCAGUCAAAGAAAAUGGAAAAUACAAAAUCAGUAGAGCAGAAAUUAAGCAAUUUCUAAACAACGAAGACGCCUACAGUCUACUCAAACCCACCCGUCAAACAUUUCCACGCUCAAGAGUUGUCGUGAACACGAUCGACUCCAUGUGGGAUGCAGAUCUAGCCGACGUUAGCAACAUUUCCAGCUACAACAAUGGUUAUAAAUUUUUGUUGGUUAUAAUCGAUAUAUUUAGCCGGUAUUUGUUUAUACUACCCUUAAAAAGUAAACAACAUGAAAAUAUCAUCAAUGGAUUUAAAAUCAUUUUCCAGAAGGGGAGAAAGCCGAAUACCCUACGUACAGAUAAGGGUACUGAAUUUAAAAACCGCUGGCUUAAGGCAUUUUUAAAAAAAGAAAAUGUAAAUAUCUUGUACACACAGAAUGAAACCAAGGCCAACUAUGCAGAAAGAGUCAUACGCACAAUGAAGAAUAUGAUGUAUCGUUAUUUUUUAAAAAAUAGAACCUAUGAAUAUACUAAUAUUUUACAAGACUUGGUAAAAACGUACAAUACCAGACCACAUAGGAUGUUAGGGGGGUUUUCACCUGUAUCAGUUAACAAGGAGAACGCUGGAGAAGUCAGAUAUACGAGCUACCUAACGAGGAAGAACAAAACCAAAGACAAAAAAACUAAGAUACAGAAACCUGUACUAAAAAUUGUUAAAAAGAAAAAGAGAAAUCCAUACAAUCUAAAAAUAGGAGAUAAUGUGCGUAUAACAGAGAUUAAACACCCCUUUAAAAGAGAUUAUCAACAAAAAUGGACAGAGGAAUAUUUUAAAAUCAGUCAACGCUACCUGAGAGAUGGAAUUCCUGUCUAUAAGUUAAAAGAUUUAGCAGACGAUUCAAUUGAAGGUACAUUUUAUCAAUCAGAACUUCAGAAGGUUAUCAAGCCAGACGAUAUUCUUUACAGGGUCGAGAAAGUACUUAAAAAAAGACGUAGAGGUCAGACUAAGGAAGUAUAUAUAAAAUGGGAAGGGUGGCCUAAUAAAUUCAACUCCUGGAUUUCUGAAAGUUCCUUGGAAAAAUUCGAAUAA